AUGGCUCCAGAAAGAAAAGGCUCUCUGAAGACAUCAAGUGACGUGUUUCAAGGACUAUACAAAGGAGCUGAUAUUCUUUUCAUCCCAGUGUACCACGUGCUCAAGCGACUGACCCCUGUCAUGGUCCUCUGCGCGAAAUACUUGAUCGGAGAUGGCUCCCCACCUUUGGAGGUCUGCAUGUCAGUGCUCGCCGUUGUUUCAGGUUGCUUCCUUGCUGGAGCGGGUGACCUAAGUUUUGAUGCUCGAGGAUACCUAUGGGCCAUUACUAUUGGAUUCUUUGUGCUUGGGGGUGUAAAGGCCACUCCACUUAUUGUAGCCGGUUCUUCAGUCAACACAGUGGGUGGAGUGUGGUACACCUAUGCCAAGUACAAGGCGAAGAAUGCUCAACAAGCAGAGAGGGCUGAGCAGGUGAAGGCCCACUCGAGCCCAAGAAUGUCAGAAGACAAAGUAUGA